GUUUUUCUCUGGUGGUGGAUGUAAUGGCGUCCGUGUCCCUUGUGUGUACGAGCCAUGAGCAUCGCCUCCUUGAGGACAUCCAGGAUUUAUGGCUGGCUCAAGAGAUGUGUGAUGUUCUCCUUUCCUGUGAGGAUGGGAAUGUUUGGGCUCAUGCACCAAUACUUGCUGCUUUUUCAGCAUAUUUCAAGAAAGUGCUUCCACAGGAUGAGGAGGGCCCAAUCAUUAUUGUGCUGAGUAGUGUCUCAGUGGCAAAUGUUUUUCGUGCCCUUCACUUCCUUUAUUGUGGAUCAGUAGAAGUGGAUCCAUCUGAUGUUGAGGGUCUGAUACAUGCAGGUCGAGAACUUGGCAUUGACAUACUCGAUGAUGGAGGACAGCUGAAUAAAGGUGGAAAUCGGAAAGCGGAAACCAGAACGUCUGCCACCAUUGAGGAGGAGCCACCUGAUCCCCCGUUUAGCCUGUGUCCUUCCACGGGAGAGUUCAUUUCUAGCCAUUCUACUGAAAGGGAAGCUUUAACACGACUGGAGAUCCUGUCGAAUCUUCAAAAACACCCUAAAAGACGAUAUCCACUGAAUCUCAUCGUAAUAAAAAACUACCUCAAGGUUUCAGAAAUGCCCAAGGAAAAGUUCUGA